AUGUGUACUGCAAUAACUUUCUUUAUGUUUUUAAAAAUAUAUAAAAAUAUGUGCUCUCUAUAUGAACCUAGAGAAAAAUAGGGAAGGCUACAUAACCCGCAGGAAACGGGGCACUUUCUGGCUUGUUUUAUAUCUGUAUACCUAUCUUCUGUACAAAUAUGGACGUAUUUGUCUGUGAGGAGAAAUUCCUUGGUGGUUCUCCAGUGCGUCCUUCCAAUUCCCUGCACGCAGCCCCUCCCUGUCCCAGGUGCUACAGUCCUUACCUGUUCAUGUCUGUUCAGAGCUGGACCUGAUGCUGCCAGCCACCCUCCUCUUGGUUCCCAGUCUGAAAAUGGGUACAUGUGCAAGUGCCAGGAUGAGAAAGAAAGGACUGGCGUGCCCCUGAUCAGUUAUUCUGAUCUGAAGAAUUUGGUGUCUCAAGCAUUAAGACAAUAGCCUGAGUUGUUCAUGGAGUUUUUCAUCAGUAUGUCUGAAACCAUUAAAUAUAAUGACGAUGAUCAUAAAACUCUGUUUCUGAAAACACUAAACGAACAACGCCUGGAAGGAGAAUUUUGUGAUAUUGCUAUUGUGGUCGAAGAUGUGAAAUUCAGAGCACACAGAUGUGUUCUUGCCGCCUGCAGCACCUACUUUAAAAAGCUUUUUAAGAAGCUUGAGGUUGAUAGCUCUUCAGUAAUAGAAAUAGAUUUUCUUCGUUCUGACAUAUUUGAAGAGGUCCUGAACUACAUGUACACAGCAAAGAUUUCUGUGAAAAAAGAAGAUGUCAACUUAAUGAUGUCAUCAGGUCAGAUUCUUGGUAUCCGAUUUUUGGAUAAACUCUGUUCUCAGAAGCGUGAUGUAUCUAGUCCCGAUGAAAAUAAUGGCCAGUCAAAAAGUAAGUAUUGCCUCAAAAUAAAUCGCCCCAUUGGCGAUGCUGCUGACACUCAGGAUGAUGAUGUGGAGGAAAUUGGAGAUCAGGAUGACAGUCCAUCUGAUGACACUGUAGAAGGCACCCCACCGAGUCAGGAGGAUGGCAAGUCGCCUACGACGACGCUCAGGGUUCAAGAAGCGAUCUUGAAAGAGCUGGGGAGCGAGGAAGUUCGAAAAGUAAAUUGCUAUGGCCAGGAAGUAGAAUCCAUGGAAACCCCAGAAUCAAAAGAUUUGGGGUCCCAGACCCCUCAAGCCUUAACAUUUAAUGAUGGAAUGAGUGAGGUGAAGGAUGAACAGACACCAGGCUGGACAACAGCUGCCAGUGACAUGAAGUUUGAGUAUUUACUUUAUGGCCACCAUCGGGAGCAGAUUGCCUGUCAGGCAUGUGGUAAGACAUUUUCUGAUGAAGGCAGAUUGAGGAAGCAUGAAAAACUCCACACGGCCGACAGACCAUUUGUUUGUGAAAUGUGUACAAAAGGUUUUACCACACAGGCCCACCUGAAAGAACACCUAAAAAUCCACACAGGAUAUAAGCCCUACAGUUGUGAGGUGUGUGGAAAGUCAUUUAUUCGCGCCCCAGACCUAAAGAAGCACGAGAGAGUUCACAGUAAUGAAAGACCAUUUGCAUGCCAUAUGUGUGACAAAGCCUUUAAACACAAGUCUCACCUCAAAGAUCAUGAACGAAGACACAGAGGGGAAAAGCCUUUUGUGUGUGGCUCCUGCACCAAGGCAUUUGCCAAGGCAUCUGAUCUGAAAAGGCACGAGAACAAUAUGCACAGUGAAAGGAAGCAAGUUACUCCCAGUGCCAUCCAGAGUGAGACAGAACAGUUGCAGGCAGCAGCGAUGGCCGCGGAAGCAGAACAGCAGUUGGAAACAAUAGCCUGUAGCUAGAGGUGAUGGGACAGGAACACUUUGCCUGAGCCAUGGAGACUGAGAUUGCAUUGUUUGUAAUAAGUGGAACACCUGUCACUGUAUUUUUUGUGGAAACUUACGGAGCAUUGUACUCACUGGACUUAAGGCAGUGCUUGGUUAGGUAUUUUACAAACAUUUCAAGGAAAUAACGUUCCUUGUUCUGACCAAAAAGUUUCGCUGUCCUGUCUGGUGUCUAGUAUUAAUGUUGCCAGUAAGUUCUCCCUCCUCUUUUUAAAUGAUUUUGAGGACUCCUGUGUCCAGUUCAGAAGUAAGAGACUUCUAUUCCAUUUUUAAUUCCUCUCUACGCUUUCUGCACUGGUGAGUGCGCUGCACAGAGUGAUAAUUGAGUAAAUUGAUUUCCUAAUCAUCACAAUUAAAUGUGACUUAAAAGUACUUCAUGUAGAUGCAGACAAUACUGGUGGGUGGGUGGUCAAGGACACUGCAUAAAUAUGAAAACGAGGCCUGGAAAUGUAGAAUGGUCUUAGAUUUAUAUUUGGUUUGCUAAUUUUAUAUAUCACUGUUUUUCACGAUUUUUGUGGACAAAUAAUGGUUGCUUUGCUGAAGUGUUUCUUCAUCCAUUAUGAUUGCCCAUAGCUACCCCAAAAGAUGUGGUAACAAGUCCUGAAGGCUGAGCAAAUAGACAGGGAUGUUGGUGGUAUGGGGGCUGAGAUCUUUCAUUCCUCAAAUUUGGGGCAUUGCUACUCUGAAACAGAUGGGGUUUGUGGAAUGGACCAUUGGAAUAGGAUUAGAAGAGAGUGAAUAGGAGCCUGGCUCUCAGAGACAAGGUUUUCACAUUCGCAAUACCAAGAUUUCCUGGAUCACAGUAAUUCUUAAUUGAUUUUGAAAUUGGAUUUUUAUUUAGUAUUAGGACAAGAACGGGUAUGCUUCAGCAGAUACCUUUGUGUAACUUAACGGAAUAUCAUCAAGCUUCUGGGCUCUUUGCAGCACAUGAUUUAUCCAUAAAGGAGAUGCAAUAUCCUUUCUUAAAUUAAUACAUUUACAAUCUUUUAAGUGUGUAAAUAGUAUAGAAGUGUUGGUCUUACAUAUUUCAAGUAAAAGACAGCUGCACUUUUUUUUGCACAUUGGAUUAAAAUAACUUCCAUCAGCAAGAAACGUCAGUCUGUUUUUAACCAAUAUUAAAGAUUGUCAGACCAAAUGUUUAUGUUUUUGAAGUAUAUUUCAUCACCGGUUUCAGUUUUAAGUAGAAGUUGAUUGCUUUUCAUAGCCGUAAACAAUUAUAAAUGCUGUUCUAAUUUUGGUGCACAAAACUUUUUAAACCAUUUCUUUAGAAAUAUAUUGAAAAACCAACAAUAGUUUGAAUUAUGUUCUAUAAUAAAGCUUUGUCAACUAUUUAGAAUGUACAAUUUUAGAAAAAUGUUGAUUUUUUUAAAAUUUAUUUUUGGUUGCCAGGAUUUUUUUUUUUACAGAUACAUUAAAGUCAUUUCAUAGUUUGUUGCAUUAACACCUAUAAUUACUAUUGUGGGAGAAAUUUUAUUUUUUGUCUUGGUAUGUGUGUUAUGCCCAAGAUUGUAGGAUGAAGAUGCUACCUUUUUCAGAAACUUAUUGGUAAAAUGUUUAAUUUAGUUUAAAAUUAAUUUAAUUUCUUUUCUUAAAAGUUUAUUCCAUCCUAAAAGUAGUUCUGUUACUGUUUAUAUGCUGUCUACUAGGAGGGGAACUGGUUGAUGUUUCUAGGCUGUUUUAACCAAAGCAAAGGAAAAAUAAUUUAGCAUCUUAUUGAUAGCUACUUCAACAAACCAUUUUUUAGGCCAUCAUUUUUGUAUAAAAAAGAAGAUAUA